AUGAAGUUUUCACUAAGGUUUGUGCUAAUGAUGAUGAGCAUCAUCCUUACAUUCUCGAUCUGUCAAGCUCAACUGUCUACAACAUUCUACGAUCAAUCUUGUCCGAAUGCUCUCUCCAAAAUCCGAUCCUCCAUUAGAACCGCCAUCGCUCGUGAGCGACGAAUGGCCGCGUCUCUAAUCCGUCUACAUUUCCACGACUGUUUUGUUCAUGGUUGUGACGCGUCGAUAUUGCUCGAGGGAACAUCAACUAUAGAGAGCGAGCGAGAUGCAUUACCAAACUUCAAAUCAGCGAGAGGUUUUGAAGUCAUAGAUAAAGCCAAAUCCGAAGUCGAGAAAGUUUGUCCGGGCAUUGUUUCUUGCGCUGAUAUCGUAGCGGUUGCGGCAAGAGACGCUUCUGAAUAUGUGGGAGGUCCAAAAUGGGCGGUUAAAGUUGGAAGGAGAGAUUCAACAGCUGCGUUCAAGGCUCUUGCAAAUAGCGGUGAACUACCGGGCUUUAAAGAUAGCCUUGACCAGCUCUCUGGUCUCUUCUCCAAAAAAGGCCUUAACACAAGAGAUCUUGUCGCUCUUUCAGGAGCUCACACGAUAGGUCAAUCUCAAUGCUUCUUGUUCCGGGAUAGGCUUUACGAAAACUCAAGCGACAUCGAUGCAGGAUUUGCUAGCACGCGCAAACGUAGAUGUCCAACCUUAGGAAGUGAUGGGAAUCUGGCCGCUUUGGAUCUUGUAACACCUAAUUCUUUCGACAACAACUACUACAAGAACUUAAUGCAAAAGAAAGGACUUCUAGUAACCGAUCAAGUUUUGUUCGGAUCAGGUGCAUCGACUGAUGGUAUUGUAUCGGAGUAUAGCAAGAAACCAUCGAAAUUUGCGGCAGAUUUCGCCACAGCCAUGAUCAAGAUGGGUGAUAUUGAACCUCUUACCGGCUCUAUGGGAGAAAUCAGAAGGAUAUGCGGUUUUGUUAAUUAA